AUGAGGCCCAGCUCUCCCUGCCUGCUAGCCCUUCUGUUCCUGCUCUGCCCAGCAGGCAGUUCGGAAGAUUUGGAGUCCCUGAUUCCUGGCCCUGACUCUUUCCCAGGCCCUAACUCCUUCCCAGGCUCCAACUCCAUCCCAGGCUCUGACUUCACUUCCAACUUCAUCUCGGGCUCCAGGUCCAGCUCCAGCUCUGGCUCUCUGUCCCAGUUGUUUUCCAAUUUCACCGGCUCCAAGGAUGACCACGGGAACUGCCAAUGCUCCGUUACCCUCCCGGACACCACCUUCCCCGUGGAGAGAGUGGAGCGCUUGGAAUUCACAGCUCAAGUUCUCUCCGAGAAGUUCCAGAAAGAGCUUUCUAAGGUGAGGGAAUAUGUCCAAUUAAUCAGUGUGUAUGAAAAGAAACUCUUAAACCUAACUGUCCGAGUAGAGAUCAUGGAAAAGGAUACGAUUUCUUUCACUGAACUGGACUUCACAAUGAUCAAGUUAGAAGUGAAGGAGAUGGAGAAACUGAUCAUACAGCUGAAGGAGAAUUUUGUUGGUAGCACAGAGAUUGUUGAUCAAAUGGAAGUGGAGAUAAGGAAUAUGACUCUCCUGGUAGAGAAGCUCGAGACGCUAGACAAAAACAAUGUUCUUGCCAUUCGCCGAGAAAUCAUGAUUCUGAAGAACAAGCUAAAGGAAUGUGAGGCCUCCAAAGGUGAAAAUGCUCCUGUCUCUCCCUCUCUUCCUGAGCCAGGGAGCUGUGGUCAUGGAGUUGUGGUGAACAUCAGCAAACCAUUUGUGGUCCAGCUUAACUGGCGAGGAUUUGCCUAUAAGUAUGGUGCCUGGGGUCGGGAUUACUCUCCUCAGCAUCCAGACCAAGGGCUGUAUUGGGUGGCACCUUUGGAAACAAGUGGGAGAUAUUUUGAUUAUUACAGACUUUACAAUUCACUGGAUAAUUUGCUAUUGUACAAAAAUUCCCAUGAAUAUAGUAUAAGAUAUGGUCAAGGUGGCGGCACAGCAGUUUACAACAAAAACAUGUACGUCAACUGGUACAACACCCGGAACAUCGCCAGAGUUAACCUGACCACCAACAGAGUUGAAGUGACUCAAACACUCCCUGAUGCUGCCUAUAAUAAUCGCUUUUCAUAUGCUAAUGUCGUUUGGCAAGAUAUUGACUUAGCUGUGGAUGAGAAUGGAUUGUGGGUGAUUUAUUCAACUGAAGCCAACAAUGGUAACAUAGUGAUUAGUAAACUCAAUGACACCACUCUGGCCGUGCUAAAUACUUGGCAAACCAGUCAGUAUAAGCCAUCUGUUUCUAACGCCUUCAUGGUAUGUGGGGUGCUCUAUGCCACCCGUAUUCUGAACACCAGAACAGAUGAGAUCUUCUACUACUAUGACACAAACACAGGGCAGGAGGGCAGAUUGAACGUAGUCUUUCAUAAGGUGCAGGAAACGGUGCAGAGCAUGAACUAUCACCCUUAUGAUCAGAAACUUUUUGUCUACAAUGAUGGCUACCUUCUGAAUUAUGAUCUUAUCUUUGGCAAGUAACUCCACUAAGAUGUCUAGUGGAGUCUAAGAUGUCCAAGUAACUUUGGCAAGUAACUCCACUAAGAUGUCUAGUGUUAGGGUGAGAGAGAAAUAAAAUGUUCAUUGAAGAAAGGAUCCUUUCCACUUAUGUAGAGCAGCAGGGGAAUCCUGAGGGGGGAAUAUUUAGGAGCAGAGGUUUCCCACACUAGGUUUUAGGAUAUUUGCCCUGAUUUGAUUUGCCCUGAUUUCCCAGGAUUUGCCUCCUGGAGUGCCUUCCCCUACUGAAAUAGGUCUGGGGCAUUAUGUGUCCAUGGAUACUUUCAGCGAGGUGUCAUCUGGAAAUUAAGGACUUAAAGAGGACUCUGGAUGGCUUCUGGGGUUCCUUGUACAGAAGAGGGACUCAAUGAUCAGUCCUCCAUGUAACCUGUAGCCAGUCUUCCAUGUCUGAAUGAAACCUGAUGUUUAACUAGGGAGAUGCAUACGAAGCUUCUUGAGGACUGAAAUCUCUGACCUUUUUUUUUUUUAAUUGGAACCUAAAUUAUGGUUUGUACAGAGCAGAUAAGUUCAGCAUGCUUAUGUCUGUAAAUUCUGUUUUCUGGAGAAGGGCUCUUUUAUACAUUACAUUGUACUCUGCAGGUGGAGCACUUGAUUUUUCUUUUUUUCCCAUGGUCUACCUACACAAGUCAGGAGCACCCUCUGAUACCAAGCCUUCCUUUCAAAGACAGCUCAGUAGACUAGACAAGACUCACCAACUUAUUUCCCUCCCACUCCCUCCCAUUCUUAAAGGAACAAUUACAGGGUAAACAGAUUUUUUUUUAUCAUGAAUUUUAUUUAUAGGACUAUACGACUGUAAGAAGAUCAGUAGGCAGAGAUAAAAUAAUACCAUUUCUGGUUACAUAAUAAAGUCCUUGGAGCAUAUAUGAGAUGUGUGUUAAGUUGUAUCAAUUGGUUCAUGCAACUUUUAUUUUUUCCUAAGCUUGAAACUUAUAAGAAAAUGAAAUUUUAAUUUUUUUCAAGGAUUAAAUGGAGGAAAAAUGUUGGCAAUAUCUAGUAAAUCAAAACAGUUUGAACACCUCCCAGGUGUCUGUGUUCCUGUGCUGUUGGAGGCUUCAUCAUCUGGUCUCCAUCUAUUUUCCUUUGAUGUUUGUGAGACCGAGUCUUUAGUAUUGGCUCCUUAAAUGCUGUACUGCCUGUUUUGAUGAAUGA